GGCCCGCCAAAAAUGAUUUGCGUGCGCGCUAUUUCGGUCGAUUUGUGAAAAACAAUUAUUUUUAUUGAAUUAAACAUAAACUAUGGGUCCCGCAAACGUGUCACAGGCAGAUAUUAGCAUAGAAGAUGAAGCAGAAAUAUUGGAGCUUGAAAAAUUGUUAGGAGAAGCUGAAAACGAUGAUGCGGACAAUGCUGGAAAUGCAAACUCAGCACAAGAUAAAAAGUCACCACCUUUGUCUAGUGCUGUGCCUCGACUUCGCGAAGACAGCAGUUUUGCCAACGCAUUUAGCUAUGAAGUAGCAGUGAAACCCACUAAGACAAAUGAUCCGGCAAAAGGAAAACCAACCGAGCCGGAACUCGAUUCAUCUGACGACGAAGAGGUCAAGAACUUCUUGGAGCGCAAGUAUAAUGAAUAUGGCAGUGACAUCAAUAAAAAACUCAAGCAGCAACGUGAAAGUGCACAUGAAAGCAAAGUGGCGCGUGAGGUGGAUCAGUCGCUAAGGACAACAACAAAACUGGUCACAUCAACGCCACAACCGGAAGCACUGCGUCUUAAGAAUCCCCACAAUCCAAUUCAAAGAAAAUCCCUAACGAGCAAUUCGUUCCAAAGACCGCCGCCAGCUGCAGCAGUCACAACGGCCAGCCAACCAAUCCAGCAAACACCGAUCUCCACGACCUAUACAGAUCCGGUGUUUGGUCUGCGGAUGAUCAAUCCGCUUAUAUCGAGCGCAUUACUACAGGAACGCAUGAAUGGCCGCAAGGCUGUGCCAUUUUCCGGCCUGGCAUUUCACAUAGAACGCGGUGAUUUGGCCAAAGAUUGGGUUAUUGCCGGAGCAUUGGUGUCUAAGCAGCCGGUACGCAAUACCAAAAAGGGUGAUCCCUACUCAACCUGGUGUCUAUCGGAUCUGCGAGGCGAGGUGAAAACUGCGUCAGUAUUUCUCUUCAAAGAAGCUCACAAAGCGCUUUGGAAAACAGCGGAAGGAAUGUGUCUGGCUGUCCUUAAUCCAACGAUAUUUGAGAAGCGUGCGGGCAGCAAAGAUGUCGCCUGCCUGUCGAUAGACACCUCCCAGAAAGUCAUGAUACUGGGUCAGUCCAAGGAUUUGGGUACGUGCCGGGCGACCAAAAAGAAUGGCGAUAAAUGCACAUCGUUGGUGAACUUAACCGACUGCGAUUAUUGUGUGUUCCAUGUGAAGCAGGAGUACGGCAAGAUGUCCAGGCGAUCGGAACUGCAAUCUGCCACAUCAGGACGUGGCCUUAAUGAGCUACGCAACAAGGUGUUGGGCAAGAGUGAAGUAUUCUAUGGCGGGCAAUCCUUCUCGGCGGUGCCGGCCAAGAAAAGCGCCAACUUAAUCAAAAAGGAGCGCGAUCGUCUAAGCAAACUGGCUGGCUACGAUGUGUCACCCUUUGCCCAUGGCGUUGAUCAUGCAUCCAAGCCCAGGGCCUACAAGCCAGAGGAUGUGCCUUAUGCCGAGCGAGGUGGUCCCGUUUCGCGACUGGCCGGCAAUGUGGAGGCAUCCAGCAAGCAGCGACAUCAGGAUCUGGAGCGACUUCGACUGUUGCGGGCCGAAAACGAACGAUUUCAAAAGGAAUCAACAGCAGCAGCAGCAACAGCAACACCACAGCCAACGCCUGCCACACCUUCUACGCCCACGUCAGUGAAAGUUGCCACGCCCACAACACCGCAGAGCGUUCCCGACAAGUUCAAGAAUCGUGGUUUCUCCUUCGAUCCCAGCCUCACGCCCAAACUCGCUGGCAGCGAGAAUUUUAGCUUCGAUGUGAACAUUGGAGCACGACAGGCGCAGAGCGCCAAAUUGAAAGCAGCUGCGCUGCUUAAGAAGAAGCCAUUGGAGAAAGUCAAUCCGAAUUCGACGCGCGGCUCAGACACUGGCAAGCGACGUGCCAUCGAUGAUUUGAAUGAGAAAUUCUCCAGCAGCGCGAAGCGCCAGAAAUUGGAGGAGGAGGAACGGGAAUUGAUGCGUAAAUCACGCAUUGAACGCAUUAUGGCCGCCACGUCGUCGCACACAAAUUUGGUAGAGAUGCGCGAACAGGAAGCCCAGGACGACUACUUCAACAAGCUGGAACGCAAAGAGGCAAUGGAGGAGAAAAUGCUGAGCACCUACAAAAUGGCCUGCAAGGCGGUGAUCUGUCAACGCUGCAAAUACACCGCCUUCUCGGCCGCGGAUAUUUGCAAGGCAGAGAAGCAUCCUCUCAAAGUGGUUGAUGCUCAGAAGCGUUUCUUCCAGUGCAAGGAUUGCGGUAAUCGCACCACCACCGUCUUCAAGCUGCCCAAACAGAGCUGCAGCAGCUGCAAAGGAUCACGCUGGGAGCGCACGGCCAUGAUACGAGAACGUAAAGUUUGCACUGGUCGGGAAUCCCUUUCGGUGCGUGGCGAUGAGGAGACCUUCAUUGGCAGCCUGGCCAGCAGUGCUAAUCUUAAUCUUCUCGUACCCGAUGACGAAUAAAACACACAAAUUGCCUUGUUCUUCUUGAAGUUAUGUAUGUUUAGAGUAGAUUGUAGUUUUGUAGUUUCAACAUAAAUAUACAUUUAUGAAUAAUAUUCUCAUAA